AUGAAGAUUCCGAUCGUGAAAGGAUGCUGCUGCCGGUGCCUCAACAACAGGGAGGGCAGCAUCGUCAUCGCCGUCUUGGGACUGGUCCAUGCCAUCUCCGUCGUCCUGACGAACCUGCCGCAUCUCGUCAGGAUGUCGCUCAUCAGCGUGGAGUUCCAUAUGAGCGAAAAUAUUUACGCCAAGAUUACCGACGCUGCCGUCUCCGCCGUAUUCAUCAUAAUGAAUUCCCUUCUCAUCCACGGAAUUCGCAAGUCGAACCGGAAGCUGAUGAUCCCGUGGCUGUGCGCGGCGCUCCUGCUCCUCGUCCUCAUGGUGCUGGCCGCCGUCGCGCUGAUCGUCCUCGCCGUCGUCGUCAGCGGGGGGGACUCGUACUGGACCGUCUCCCUCGUCGUCACGGGCGUCGCCCUCCUCGUCUUCUGUCCCGUCGGGGCCCACUUCUUCCUCGUGGUCUAUGCCUACUUCAAGGAACUCGAGAACGCGGAGAUGCACGGAGAAGACCGCGAAAAGGUUCGCCUCGAGGAGGGCAUCCACAAGACGCCAUGAGGCGGAAAGUGAAUGUCAUCGUCCACCAUAGUUUCUCUCUCUCUUAUCGCGCUGUCGAGUUUUCCAGGAUAUCCAGUGAUUGCAUCUUAGAGCCGAGUCCCCUCCCUUGAACCUUCCGCUUCUCCCAUUUGUCACAACCAUUUGACAGCAUUGAAGUUUGCUCCAUUGGCUUAUGCUGCUUCAUCCUUGCCAUCAAUCGCUUCAAAUGCUAAAGGAAACUCAUGCAGAGGAAUGAAAGCGAUGAGCUAACGCGAAUAUUUACCACUAUCGGAC